ACGACCUUCUGGGUGAUACGGUGACGAGUGAUAACGAGAAAUCAUAUGUCCGCGGAUACGAAAUACGAAAGUCGUCGGUCAGUGGAGACAGAUCCGCUACGUUUUACAUUUUAUUAUUAUUUCGAUAUCUGCGGUUGAGUAUCUUUUUUCGGCACAAACCGACACAGUGGAAUAAGAUCAGUUCAGCCCACCGGGCAAUCGAGCAAAAUGGCUUUGACCAGCGUCCAGAAGAUUCUGUUCCGCGCGCCGCAGUCCGCUCGGCACAUCACAGGCAGGGCUCUACAAGCGUCCCUGGGACCGAAACCGCAGAAACCCGCACCGUUCCCGUACAAAGAGAAGGAUUACACGUUGUUCAAUAGCAUGUUCGACAAGACUACGUCGCGUUUCGAUGAGAACAGCAAGCUGAUCGUUCUUGAGGGACCUGUCGGAAUCGGUAAGACGGCUGUUGGACAUCAACUUGCCGAUUUAUUGGGUAUGCAUUUUAUGCCUGACAUUACUAUGGAUGCGUACUACAUAAAUGACUAUGGUUACGAUAUGCGAAAACUGGACCCUCAACUGCCUGUCAAUUGUCGUAGUUUUGACGAGCGUAAUUUUCUCGAAAACCCGGAACACUUUAAUGCUGCAUCGUUUCAAAUAAUCAAAUAUAAGUUGCGCUAUGCUCAUUACAUUGAUGCCAUCGCACACUUGUUAAAUACUGGAGAAGGUGUAAUUAUUGAACGCAGUCCAUACAGUGACUUUGCGUUUGUAGAAGCAAUGUAUAAAUGCAAGUAUAUGAGUAAAGCAGCACGUGAAAUGUACUAUAUACUGUACAAGCACGCUAUGCCUGAUUUGUUGCAUCCUCAUUUGGUUGUCUACUUGGAUGCACCAGUACCAAGAUUGUUAGACCUUGUAAAAGAAAGAAAACUUCCCCAUGAAGUCAAUUCUAAGGCGAUGAAUACAAAGUUUUUAGAAACCAUGGAUAGCGAAUUGAAAUAUAAAUUUUUAAGAGAUAUCAGCAACCGAUCUGAUGUAUUAGUAUAUGAUUGGUCAGAAGGUGGUGAUGCGGAAAUAAUCGUGGAAGAUUUAGAACGUUUAGAUAUUGACAACUAUGAUGAGAAUGAUCCUAAGAUACAGGAUUGGAGUUAUUCAAGAGAACAAUACUGGGCUGAUGUACGAAUGAAAUAUACCAAUGAUAAAGAAGAAUUACUUUCUAAUUUUAACGUCCCUCUUGUUGAUGCUCCAGAACUUCUUAUACCUGGCGAAGAAGCUGAAGUUCUUACCCAUGCUUGGUUCCAAGCCGAAGGAAAUACACAUGCAUAUGGUUAUGAUCCAAAAUACCACAGCUUAACAGAAAUAUUAUUCAAAAACAAGUAUAAGAAAGGGUGGAGUCCAAUAUCCUAAUUGGACAAUACAUUUAUGAUAUUGUAUAAUUAAAUUCAUAAAUAUUAGGUUAGCUAAGACAAAAAUACUCAUUAUUCUGUUCUGUUUAAAAUAUAUUUUGCGUUAUCUCGUCAAACAUUUCAAUACAUUAUACAAUAUUACUAGUG